AAGGACGCACCGAGACACAUGGGAGUGUGUUGACUGACAGGUUCUGUGGCAAAUUUGUCUUCGUUGAUGUCUUUAGAUUGAAUCUGUCAUGGGUAAAAAUAACAAGAAAGUGCCGACUGUGUCGCGGGAAGAAUUACAGAUAAUUACUGUAGCUGAGAUUAUCUCUGAGCUUAUUCAGGCUCAUGAGCAGGGCAAGGACAUUAACCUGAACAAACUGAAGACAAGAAUCUCCAGCAAAUAUGGUCUUCCUAGUCAGCCAAGACUGGUUGAUAUCAUCGCAGCUGUCCCACCACAGUAUAAAAAGAUUUUGUUACCAAAGUUAAAGGCCAAGCCUGUUCGAACAGCCAGUGGAAUAGCUGUUGUUGCAGUGAUGUGUAAACCACACCGAUGCCCCCACAUUGCCAUGACAGGAAAUAUAUGUGUCUAUUGCCCAGGAGGUCCUGACUCUGAUUUUGAGUACUCCACACAGUCUUAUACCGGCUAUGAACCAACUUCAAUGAGAGCCAUUCGUGCAAGGUAUAACCCUUACUUACAGACCAGACACAGAAUUGAGCAGCUUAAGCAACUGGGUCACAGCGUGGACAAGGUGGAGUUUAUCGUCAUGGGCGGCACCUUCAUGAGCCUGCCUGACGACUACAGGGAUUAUUUCAUCCGCAAUCUUCACGACGCUCUCUCGGGCCACACUAGUAAUAGCGUCGACGAGGCUGUUAAGUUUUCAGAGAAAAGCAAAACCAAGUGUAUUGGUAUCACCAUAGAAACCAGACCAGACUACUGCUUGAGGAAGCAUAUCAGUGACAUGUUGAGGUAUGGGUGUACAAGGCUGGAGAUUGGUGUUCAGAGUGUAUAUGAAGACAUUGCCAGGGAUACUAACAGGGGUCACACAGUGCGGGCAGUUUGUGAAUCCUUCCAGAUGGCUAAGGAUGCUGGGUUUAAGGUGGUGGCCCACAUGAUGCCAGACCUACCCAACAUUGGGCUGGAGAGGGACAUAGAACAGUUCAUAGAAUUUUUUGAAAAUCCAGCUUUUCGAGCAGAUGGGCUGAAAAUAUACCCAACACUUGUGAUUAGAGGAACAGGCUUGUACGAACUGUGGAAAACUGGACGAUACAAGAGUUAUCCCCCCACCGUUCUUGUUGACCUGGUUGCCAGAAUACUAGCUCUGGUUCCCCCCUGGACCAGGGUUUAUCGAGUGCAGAGGGAUAUCCCCAUGCCACUGGUGACAUCUGGUGUUGAACACGGUAACCUGCGUGAAUUAGCACUGGCGAGGAUGAAGGAUCUGGGCACACAUUGUAGAGAUGUGAGGACCCGGGAGGUGGGCAUACAGGAGAUACAUAACAAGGUGAAAACCAUACGAGGCUGA